AUGGAGACGUCCAGCUCGUCUCAAAACAGCAUCCUCACAGAGGUGACCACAGAAAAGCAUUCUUCCUCUUCACCUGGACCCACUGUGACAGAGACCUCUUCUCAUGGGAUGUCCUCCUCAGGAUUGACCACGAAGACGGACAAUGACAGAAGCACGACAGUCUCAGCCACCCCCUCGACCCUUACUAAUCCCAUGAGCACCACAGCCUCCAGGUCCACAGUGCCUCCAGCCCCUCCUUUACCAGAUCAGGGCAUUUCUCUAUUCCCCUAAGGGUCUGAAGCUGGAGACAGCAAAUUGUUUCUCAGGACUGUGGAUUUUAACUCACCAGUCUUCAAGAUCCAGAUUGGCUUUCCUCUCGGCUCCUCCCUGCGGGAUUCCUUCUACUUUACAGAUAAUGGUCAAAUCAUUUUCCCAGAGUCAGACUACGAUGUCUUCUCCUACCCCAACCCACCUCAAAGAAGCUUCACAGGAAUGGAGCAUGUGGCCAUGGUGGCCCCAUUCUGGGGUGAUGCUGAUUUCUCCAGCUCCAGAGGAGCCAUAUUUUACCAGGAAUAUGUCACAUUUUACAAUGAACACCAUCAGCUAAUCCGUGAGGUGGAGACCUUGAUUAGCGAGGACACAAGUGACUGGAGUUUCAAAGCCAAGUGGACACUGAAGGUCACCUGGGUCAGUGUUCCUGCCUAUCCUGCCCAGGGGAGCUCUGGGACCAAUACCUACCAAGCCAUCCUCUCCACAGAUGGGAGCAGGUCCUACGCCCUGUUUCUCUACCAGAGCGGUGGCAUGAGGUGGGAUGUGACCCAGGGACCGUACAACCGAGUGCUUAUUGGCUUCUCCAGUGGAGAUGGGUAUUUUGAAAACAGCCUGCUGACAUUCCGGCCAGCAAUGGAGAAGUACCGUCCAGAUCGAUUCCUGAAUUCCAGAUUAGGCAUCCGGGGACUACAGGUCUACAGGCUACACAGGGAGGUGCGGCCCAACUACCGGCUCAAGUGUCUGUGGUGGCUGGAGAGUCAGCCUCAGCAGCCCAGCUGGGGCUGGAGCCAGAUUACCUGCCCUUGCUCCUGGCAGCAGGGACAACGGGACUUCCGGUUCCGGCGCAUGAACACAGGUUGGUGGGACAGGCAGCUGUGCAGCUUCUCCUCCGGGCGAGGGGGCGUGUGCUGCAGCUAUGGCACCCGGGGAGAGUUUCGAGAAGGCUGGAGAAUGCACAGUCCUUGGCAGUUUGAUGAGGAACAGGAGGCGCAGAACUGGUGCUGCCGCUGGAACGAUAAGCCCUCGUUCUGUGUCCGGUACCGGCGCAGGCGGCCCCGCAUUAGCUGCGCUGGAUACAGACCCCCACGGCCUGCUUGGACAUUUGGUGAUCCGCACAUCACCACUUUGGAUAAUGCCAACUACACCUUCAACGGGCUGGGGGACUUCCUGCUGGUACAGGCCCAGGACAGAAGUUCUUCAUUCCUGCUAGAGGGCUGCACUGCCCAGACUGGCUCUGCCAGCGCCACUAACUUCAUUGCCUUUGCAGCUCAAUACAACACUAGCAGCCUGAAGUCUCCCAUCACAGUUCAGUGGUUUCUUGAGCCCAAUAACACGAUCCGAGUUGUAUGCAAUAACCAGACUGUGGCCUUUAACACCAGCGACGCCAAAGACUUGCCCAAAUUCAAUACCACUGGUAUUCUGCUGACCCAAAAUGGCUCCCAAGUCUCAGCCAACUUUGAUGGGACAGUGACUAUCUCCGUGAUUGCACUCUCCAACAUCCUUCAUGCUUCCUCCAGCCUAUCAGAGGAGUACCGCAACCACACAGAGGGCCUUCUGGGAGUCUGGAAUGACAAUCCAGAAGAUGACUUCAGGAUGCCCAAUGGCUCCACCAUCCCCUCAGACAGCUCUGAGGAGACCCUUUUCCACUACGGAAUGACAUGGCAAGUCAACGGGACAGGCCUCCUUGGGACGAGGACAGAUCCUCUGCCUACCAAGUUCACCCCCAUCUUUUUGUCCCAACUGUCGAAUAAGAGCUCCUCAAGUGAAGACUUGACCUCUGUGUGCAAUGGUGACAAACAGUGCCAGUUUGACAUUCUGGCCACGGGAAACAGAAGUAUUGGACAAAGCACCAACUCCAUCUUUAGAACAUUCCAGAACCUGAAUGACACACUCAAUCAAUAUCCACCCUUUAUCAACUGCAGCAGCAAGAUCCAAGCCUACAAGGGGCGGACAGUGACCACUGAGAUCACCAGCGACUCUAAGGAUGUCACAUUCAGCCUCUUCAACAAGUGUGGUGGCUUUGAGCUCUUUGUAAAUGGGAGUUUGCAGUGGACACCAACAUCCCCAGAAGCAUGUACCCUGGAGAUUCUAGCAACGGAUGUCAGGACUAACUUGUCAUCGGUGCUCCAGCCCAAGACCGUGGCUUGCUUCUGCAACAAGGAGGACCAGUGUUUGUACAAUGAGACCAGCAAAGAGGGCAAUUCUUCCCUUGAGGUGACCAGCUGCAAGUGUGAUGAGGACACCUUUGGCCGCUUUUGUGAACACUUUAAGGACCCCUGUAUUGAGCCAUGCUUCCCUAAUGUGGACUGCAUUCCUGGGAAGGGCUGUCAGGCCUGCCCUCCAUAUAUGACUGGAGAUGGACGUCAUUGUGCAG